GGGCUCAAGCUCAGGCUGUGGUCGAGAAGUUGGUAGGGAUCAAAUCCACUGAAGCUGUUGCCGAUUCGCGCAGAAGGGCAACUUAGCUGAUAUAGCUGAUGGAUGUCUUCAGUGUUGAUCGUCUGUGGACUGAUACUGUACCUUGCUACGGAAUACUUAGAAAGGAGUACUAGUUGGGCCUUCAUUGACACGACAUUUCGUAGCUUUGUCUAUCCUGAUCAAUCUUUGGAGUGUCGUGUUGAUGAACAGCAGCAGGCGCUCGCUCUCAUGUACACAGUGGCCAGUGGUACAAACGAGGUCAUCGUACUGAUAAUUAUGCACCCCCCGAGAGGAAGCGAUUCCUCCAUUGAUGAAAGGCGACAAACUUUCACCAACCAAUAUCAUGAUCUCGAACUCAUCUUCCCCAUCGUCAUGGUACCCGCAGUGCUGAUCACGAAGCUUUCCUUUGACUACUUUGAGAGGCACAACAAACGCACGCCCUCAUGUAUUUCAGAACUUUGUUGUCAAUUCACUUUCAGUCAGCCCAACUGAAGAAGUGACUUCACCGUCGCCUUGCAGAGUAUUCCUGACAUCGACGAAAGGUCGGGUCGGACCGAUAUCAGCGAAAUUUGUCCCGGAACCACCAUAAGACUACAUCAGAUGGGUGUUAUUCAAUGCUCAGAUUCCAUUGAAGCAGAAGGAAAUUUUUCGACAAUGUGUCGUAUCGUGCUGAUUCCUUGCCAUCACAUGGAGCAACUGAGCAUGCCACUUAAUUCCGAUCCAAUCCUUUCAACUAGGCUCAAAGAUUUGUCUCUGCAGACGAAAUGGAUCAGGCAUUCGGUUACG